AGAACAUAGAUCCACCACUGGAUUCUUUGUGUUCUUUUAAACUAAAAGGGUAAAGAAAGUGACAGUUUUUCAAAUGAGAAUGAGGAGCAGAGUAGUGCCUUUGCUCUGGAUCACAUUCCUUGUGUGUUUUGUGCUGUUAAAUUGCUUCUCAGAAGCAAGGCACCAUCCAAAUGCAGCUAUACUUGUUGGGGUUGUGCAUUGUGACACAUGUUUCCACCAACAUUCCUCCAAGUCUAGCCAUUUCAUUGCCGGUGCAUCAGUUGCAGUAGAAUGUGGGGACACAAGAAAAGGUCCAAGCUUCUUCGAGGAAGAGGUGAAAACGGACGAGAAGGGAGAGUUCAGGGUGAACCUGCCACUCUCUGUAAGCGAACAUGUCAAAAAAACCAAAGGCUUCUGUUCUGUUAAGCUAAUAAGCAGCAGCAGUGACAGCAAACCACACUGUUCUGCCACUGCUUCUGCAGCUUCUUCAUCUUCAAUCCAUUUCAAGGAAAAAAGAGAGGGAAAUCGUAUAUUCUCCGCCGGGUCUUUCACAUUAAAGCCACAACUUUGUGACCAGAAACAAAUCAUCCAUGGGAAGAAAACCAAAACUAGUGUUGCAGAAUCUCACGUUGCAGAUCCAGACCCUGCACUUCUGCAGGUUCCAGUUGGCGGACAGGACAUCAGUGGUAAGAAAACCAGCACUGCAUUUCUGCCUCCCAUUCGAAAUUCCCUACCACCAACUCCAAUCACUUCAACGGCUCCGGUUAGUCUGGGAAAUCCAGUUAGCCCAUUUUCCCCCCCAGUUCAGGAGUCAUCACCACGUGGCUUAUUACCUCCGGUGAUGCAGGGUGGGUUUAUCCUGCCUAUGCCAGAAAUCCCUCCAAUCCCUCCAAUCCCGAAGAUCCCUCUCAUGCCAAGCAUUCCCGGAUUUCCACCUAAGAAGUCAGAUGGUUUAAAAAGUUCAGAAAGGCGGACUCAUGCAAGUGAUGAAAAGACAGUUCAGCCUGCAACUUUCACUCCAAUAAUACGUGGUCUGCCACCAAAUCCAUUACUGCCACUACCUUCUAACCUCCCGAACCCUGCACAGUCACCUCCACUUAUCCCUUCUCCACCUCCUUUACAGCAACCUUUCCCAUUUCUGCCAUCUCCAUUCAUCCCGAGUUUUCCAACCCCUCUCCCACAAUUCCCCUUCCCAACAACACCUACAUUCCCAGGAGUUCCUCCAGCUGCUGCUUCUUAUACUCAGAAGAAGAAUUUGCCUUAAUGACAUCAGUUUAUUUUCUUAUUGUUAUCACUUCCUUUUAAGCAUUUCUGUACAAUCUGAUGCCAUUGUGAUUAUGCUCCACAAUUGUACUGAUUAAUGGAUGUGUAAUGCUGAAAUAAAUACAUUGCUUCCAUGAAUCAUAGUCUA